CAGCCCCCAGAAGGCCCCGCGGCGACGGGGGCGGAGCCGAGGCCUGACGCGCGCUCCAGCGGCGCGAGCGGAAGAGCAAGACCUUGGAGGCGGCGGCGGAAGCCGAGAGCGACGGCGCCCCUGGUGAGGCUGCUGUCCAUCAGAAGGGAGCUUUUGUACCAUUUGCCUUCAGACAGUCUAUCUGCAUGUUCUAGAGUUUUAUUAUUCAAAAAAUAAAUGUCGCUUAUUUGAUUGAAGUGGUGCCAUGCAGCAAGAGGCAGAGAGAUGCAGAGUUCGAGCCAGAAGGCCUGACAUGGCACUUUAUGUACCUAAAGCUCGAAGGGGUGUAGUCCUCCUUGAGUCAGGUGGUAAGGAAAAAAACUCUGGUCCAUCUAACUCCAUGGUGAAAGAGGAACAAAAAGAAGAUUGUCUUUCCCAAAAGGAGAUCUUUAGAGACAAACCUGCAGCUCAAAGACUGAGUAUUAAUCCUGAUAAAAAGGAGCACAAUCACAGGAAAGGACAGAAAUCUUCAACAAAGUUAAGAAAAGAUGCGUGCCUUCAAGAAAGUAAGAAAGAUAGGAUUUGUACUAAGAAGGGAACCACAGAAUCCAAAGAAGUAUUAUCCCAAGCACAUCAGCAAAGAGGCCCAAAUCCUGGGAUUGUACCUAGUGUAUUUUUACAAAGACAUUUUAAACCAAAGAAGGUGCAGUGUUUUGAGAUUGGAACCACAGAUGUGACAGGACAGGAGAGGUUGUUUGUAUCUCAGUCUUGUUCAGAAAUCAGUGAAUCUCAGGUUCUAAACAAACCAUUCCAAAAUGUGGAAUUCUGUGAUUUCAGUGGGCACGAGCUAAGUGGGGAGACAUUUGAAGACAGAGAUUUGGAAAGCAGAAUGGAAACUGAUACUACAGUUGUGGAGAUACUAUCCCAGUUUCCUGGAGUUUUUAAUUCUGUGUUGAAAGCUGAGAGUAUGCUUGCACCGAUAAAACUAAGCUCUGAUUCUGGAAUUGUACAACAAGAUAUGCAAACAGCAGGUGGAAUGUUGAAGCUCAGCAAUGGAGGCAUCACCACUGUCUCCGUUCCUGGAAGUCCAAAAGAUGGUGUCACUGAGCAAACUUUUGUAGACUUUGAAGCUGAGAAUGUUGGGGAUGUAGCCAACAGUACAGAUUUCAUCUUGGGUCAGAAAGGUAUAGAUUCCAUUCCUGAGACUAUGGGUCACAUCUCUCAUAAAAUGACUAUCGUCAGCAAAUUAGAGAGCACAAAUGGCAUUUUUGAGCCAACAAUGAUUAGAGAGUGUGAGGAGAAUGACAGCACUACUGAUGAAUUAUUUGUAAAGUAUGAACCUUCUGAUACAGCCGUCCUUGCUCAUGAAUCAGGUACAGAUAAUGGGUCUAAGAGUGUAGGUGACAUUACCAAUAAGGCAUGUGUGAUGGACAUUACAGAUGUCACAUCUGAUCAAGUAACUGUAGGCAGCCCUUGUGUAGUUGCAGUUAGAAUAGCUGACGAGGCCUGUAGCAACACAAGUAGUUUCUCAAAAUAUCUAGAAAUGAGUGCAGCUACAGCUCCUCUUCAUGUAGCUAGAAGUGGAAAUGACACUGAACAUUUCAGCAACCUGACUGCUUGCUCAGAUAUUUAUGCUGAGAGUAUUUCAUCUGGUUUCACUGAGUCAACAGGAAAGUUGAUAGAGAGCUUGUCAGAUUGUGCUUCCUCCUUACCUAUAAAGAAGAUUGCUGGUAGUAAUUGUAACACUUUUUUGGACUCUGAACUCAGUAUGUUAAAUGGGACAAAAGUACUUUCAGACAGUGCCUUGGGCAAUGAUCUAGAUUGUACUGGUGAUAUAACAAAGACAUUACUUGAACUAAAAACUGCUGAAGAGUUCGAAACAAAAGAGGAAGAUGACUCGGAGAAUACAGAAUUUGGUGUAUCCUUUCCUGAUACAGAAUCAGUGUCUGUGGAAACAUCCAUGGAACUGAAAGCAACUGAAGCUUCUCAUGUUGAAGGAAGUGCUGCUACUGAGGAGAGCUGGGAGUCUAUGUUUAAUGAUGAUGGUGACUGCCUGGAUCCACGUCUUCUACAAGAGUUAUCAGGGAAUAUGAAGAAUAGAGAAAGCAUCCAGGAAUCUAGAUUUGAUUAUUACAACUAUGAAGUUCCUGAUAUUGACCUCAGUGAUUGUGAAUUCCCACAUGUCAUUGAAAUUUAUGACUUCCCCCAAGAAUUUCGUACUGAAGACCUCCUACGGGUUUUCUGCAGUUAUCAAAAGAAAGGAUUUGAUAUUAAAUGGGUGGAUGAUACACAUGCCCUAGGAGUAUUCUCCAGUCCGAUUACAGCUCGUGAUGCUCUCGGAAGUAAACAUGCCAUGGUGAAGACCCGACCCUUGUCACAGGCCACGAGAGCAGCCAAGGCCAAAGCUAGAGCUUAUGCCGAGUUCCUCCAGCCAGCAAAGGAGCGUCCUGAGACUUCAGCAGCCUUAGCCAGAAGGUUAGUUAUCAGUGCCCUUGGGGUUCGAAGUAAGCAGAGCAAAACUGAACGGGAAGCAGAGCUCAAGAAAUUGCAAGAAGCCCGAGGCUUGCAGGUACCAUUCUUCUGAGAGUUCUUGGGAAGAUGAGGCGACACCCUUAAGAGUCCAGAUGCAGUCCUUUUGUUGAACAGCCUGGGGUGCUCCCCAAGGCACUGUUUUCUGACAGCUUGUCAGAGCAGAAGAAAGGAAAGCCACCAGUUCCCUUUGAGGAAUGAUGCAGAGGCAGCUCUUAGAAGUCAUGUCUAAAGCCCCUGCCUCCAGGCACAGCACAAUAGAGCCUUUACUCGUGUUCUUGCUGUGAGGCUGUGUACCUUAGUUCAGGGCUCCCAAAUCUGAUGGAAAUCCAAAUUUCCAGGGAAGCUGUUUAAAAAUAAGUUCCUGCCCCCCACCACUGAGCCAAGGGAGGGUGGUCUAAGGAUCUUUAUAUUUUAAACACUCUCUAAAUGAUUCUGAUGUUCAGCCAAGUUGAGAAGCACUGCCCAGACAGACAACAGAGGCUGCUGCAAGGCUGUUAGGAUGUACUGGUGGGAAACGCAGAUGCUGAGAAGGGUCCAAAAAGCAUGGAGAAUGGGGUUAUGCAGUGAAGCCCUUUGAAGCUGAACAUUUGUCCUAGGACAGGCUGUGUGGGGACAGAGUCUGGGCUCAGCUCUCUCUACAUGUCAGUCCUUCUCAGUCAGGAGCGGCUCCUUUGGGGUCACGCUGCCUCUGAUGCACAAACUGGGAAAUUGAGAGGCCCAGUCGCUCUGACAUCCUCUCCUGCAAGGGACACAGGAUGGCUCUGGGACUGCGCAUGCCUUUGGGAGCUUCUGUGCAAAUACGAUGUACGCAAUAUUUCCCCCUCUGGCUUCACAUAGUGAAAGCUAUUGAACGGCAUCGGUAGGUCCCACUUGGCACUUCUCUUUCAAUAAACUGGAAUUGGGAUUGAGAAAAUGGAACCAGUCUGGUCCAGUAUCUAUUCUAAACUUACAAAGUGAAUACUCAUGAAUGAUGGAAGGCAUAUUCUCCUGAGUGGAUGGAAGAACAGAGACAGCUGACCUCCAGAUGGAGUACAGAGACACCAGAGAGGAGCAGAAACGGGGGAUGGUGAAGGAUCUUGUGAGCUCAUCACUCCCAGUUUACAACCCUACCGAGAAGUGGUGCGCUCCAGCUCUUGGCUUCCAUUAGACACCACCACGUCCUUGUAAUGCAAUCCCUAUUUUUAUUUUUUUUACGUAACCCAUUUUCUGUUACUUGCAACCACUGAGUCCUAACUCAUUCCUAACUGGGAAAGGGGUCACCAGUCCAGAGAUCGGCAGGUUACUAGAGCAGCGGAGGUGCAGCACUGAAGCUAACAUGCAUAGUAACGUUGGUAUUUGUCACUGAGCAUCUUCUAUACGCCAGACACAAGAUAAGUGUUUUAUAUUCACCAACUUUAAAAAUCUUUACAACAACCCUAAAAAGCAAAUGUCAUGAUCUCAUUUUAUAGAAAAGGGAGCUGAGGCUCAAGGAGCAAAGUACUUCCCCAACUCACAUAAUGAGUGGUAGAACUGAGAUUCAAAUCCGUGUCUAUCUGACUUGAAAAUCUAGCCUCUUUCAACGAUACCAUGCUGCUUUUUCAUGUGAUGUAAGACCAAGGAGGAUUCAGACUCUGGCAAGCUGUUCAUGUUAGGUGUAGUUGGCAUCUGGAGGGCAAAAUCCAGGAAGGCAGAGGUGGCGGACCAGCUCAAGGCCUGAGGGCCCGCUAGGUCAGAGAGAGUUUCAAGAAGAGCUGUCCAGGACCCUGGAGAGCUCCCGAGGAGCCGCAAAGACCUCACCCUCCCGCUCAGCAGCUCAGCCCCAUCCUGAACCUCCGGACUCUGAAGGCUGUCCACUGGCAUACACACGGAGGGUUUACUCCCUGAGACCCUGGAGCUUAUCCCGGGUCAUCCCCCGCACUGCUCUCCCCCACCAUCAGUUUUUCUCUGCAUCAGCUUUUGGAAGAGAAUGCUGACUUAGGGUGCCCAUGUCUCCGUGUCCAAAGAGUUGAAAAUAACUUAAACAAUCUCUUUCCAGCCAGCCCACCUUUUCAUAGAUGAAGUGACGGCAAUUGUGAUCUGUUAAUCAUGCCAAGCCUCCUUUGGCAAUGUGAAACCGAACUGGCUGCUUUGCAUAAUAAAAGGUUAAAAUUACGAGCCGUACAGGGAAUAAAUAAAGCUUGAUCACUCAGGC